AUGGCUCUUUGGAUUGACAAAUACCGUCCAUCAACCUUAGACGAACUGGACUACAAUAAAAAACAAGCCUCAUUUCUCAAACAAUUAGUCCAAUCUCACGAUUUCCCCAAUCUACUAAUCCACGGCCCAAGCGGAAGUGGAAAGUCAACUCGAAUUGCAGCCAUUUUACGAGAACUUUACGGCCCUGGCAGUUCAGUAGUAAAAAACGAAGUCCAUCACAUUGAAACACCGUCAGAAAAGAAAAUAGAAUUCCACUCCAUUGGCUCUGCCUAUCACCUGGAACUGACUCCCAGCCAAGUCGGCAAAUUCAACGACCGUCUCGUCGUGCAGGACGUCAUUAAAUCCGUCGCCCAGACACAGGCCAUUCGGAAGGGCUCUGUAAAGUUCAAAGGCAUUUUUCCUCUCCUGACUUUUAUAGUCAUCGUCUUAAACCAAGUGGACCAACUGUCUCGUUCAGCUCAGAAUGCUCUCCGUCGGACAAUGGAAAAGUACUCUUCUGCUUGUAGACUGAUUCUCUGUGCGGAGACUCUCUGCAAUAUAAUUUCCCCAUUGAGGUCUCGGACUCUUCCUCUGAGGGUUCCCUGUCCUUCCGAUGACGACGUAAUUUGUGGAUUGAUUUGGUAG